AUGGUCCUGAAUUUUACGAGCUCCCUCGACGACAACAUCUGGGUCGUUUCCGCACAAUUGCACUACUACGUGAUGAUCUUUGGGCCGCUGGGCAAGAUCACACAGAUGGAAUGCGAGAUAUUCCUUGUCAUUGACCAAUUUCUCAGGCUGGAGCAUUUGAGUAUAUGUGAGUGUGGCCCCGUAUUUUACUUCAGGGUCCCACCACGAUGGCUAUUCGUUCGUGUAGAAACAGCAGACGACACUGUCGGUUGGGGUGAAAGUACUUUAGAAGGCCAUACCGAGGCAGUCGAAGGCGCUAUGAAAGAUCUUCAAGAACGAUUUACUGGUGCGGAUGCAGACAACAUCCAGGACAUCUGGCAGACUGCAUACAUGAUGCGAUUUUACCGUGGGGGCCCUGUCUUAAUGAGUGCACUAUCGGGAUUAGACAUUGCACUCUGGGACAUCAAAGGCAAGAGGCUUGGAGUCCCAGUAUGGCACUUGCUGGGCGGUAAGGUUCGGGAUCGCGUCAAAGUGUACGGAUGGAUUGGUGGUGAUCAUCCCAAAGACGUCUUGAGUGCUGCCCUCGAACGAAAACAACAAGGAUUUACAGCCGUUAAGAUGAAUGGAACAGAUGCGAUAUCAUGGAUUGAUUCUCCGGAUGUUCUCAAGGGAACCGUGGAGCGUAUUCGCCAAGUCAGGUUCGUCAAUAUGGAUGUCGGUGUGGAUUUUCACGGUCGAGUACACAAGGGAAUGGCCAAGCAGCUGGCUAAACUACUGGAACCGUAUCAACCUCUUUUUAUCGAAGAACCUCUAUUACCCACACAACCGGAUGAGAUUGCGGAUAUUUCGAGAAUUGUUUCGACCCCCAUAGCCCUGGGUGAACGUCUUUACACGCGUUAUGAGUUCAGACCUUACUUCGAGAAACAUGCCAUUGAUAUCGCUCAGCCUGAUGUUUCCCACUGCGGAGGAAUUACGGAACUAAGAAACAUCGCAUCACUCGCAGAGACAUAUGAUGUUGCAUUAGCACCACACUGCCCGUUAGGUCCAAUCGCAUUGGCGGCUUGCGUGCAGGUUGCCCUGUCUGCACCAAAUUUUGUUAUCCAAGAAAUGAGUUGGAAGAUGCACUACAACACGGAUGAUCCUGAGGCCGCGGAUUUACACACAUACAUGGCAAACCCACAAGUAUUUGACAUCAAGGAAGGGUACAUUGGUGCGCUUCAAGGGCCGGGUAUUGGCAUAGAAAUUGCUGAAGGACUUGUUCGAAUUGCUUCAGAAAAGUAUAUGUCUAGCCGCUCAGCUUGGCGCAAUCCAGUCUGGAGAGGUUCGGAUGGAGGUUUAAGAGAAUGGUAG